UGACAGCAAAAACUACCUUCAAGUGAAAAGAUGCAGCACGAAUUCGCGUUAAGUAAUAAAAUGCGGAAAAACUUUAUUUAAUGUGAAAAAUUGUCGUAGAAACUAGUGAAAGAAUUUAUUUAAACAAAUGGCUAACGAAAUGUGAAAAGUAGUAGUGCAAAUAUAUCAGCAGUUAUUGCGGAAGAAGCUUCUAAAAAUUCGUGUGGUCUUGAAAAGGUCAUUGCAGUGCGAGUAUAAAUGUGCAGUUAUGAUAAAAAAUUGGUUUAAUAUGUAAUUAUAAAACCGAUUAACGCUUCUUGUCCAUAAAAGUGUUAACAAAUUUUCUUCUUUUAAAUAUUUCCGCAAUAAAAUGUCUAUGAAUACACUAUCGCAACCUCUUCACAUCGAAAAAAGCAACAAGCAUUGGAUACAAUAAAUAGAUAAAAAUAAGCCAUGAAAUUAUGAAUACAGAAUGUUUGGAAAUGUUUGAAGUGAAAUAAAAGAGGACGUUGAAAGGACUCGCUGGGCGUAAUAUCGAUAUUAGAUAUUACUAUAUAAGAUGUAAAUAUUGAACUGUACAAUAACAAUGAUUUUUGUUAAGAAUGGAUGGUGAAAAUUUUUACUUAAUACAUAAAUACAUAAAUUGAAUUAUCUGUGCCAAUGCCGAACUAUUGCCAACACAGUCCUCAACAACUUUCCAUGCAGCUGCUUCGUCGCCUAAACACCCAAAAACGCUACGUUACCUUUUUAACACAAAAUCUUCUGAAAAAUUUGAAAAUGAAUAAAAUCAAUUCGUUGUGGCGUUCACCACUGAUUUCUAAGCUAUUGCCGGUGCAGCUCGCGGUCCUGGUGCUGCUUCUAAAUUUGUCGGUUUGGACACAUGGCGCCGUACUGCCAGAUGGCCACAGAAUCGAUUGUGAACACUAUGAUGAAAAGAACUGCACCAAUGAGGGUGAUUGCGCGAUCAAAGUUGAGCAUUGCAAGGUGGAGUCGGACAAAACAUCCAGCUGUUAUGUGCUCUGGUCAAUGGAUAGCGCCACAGGUGAAACAAAAAUCAAAAUGAAGGGUUGCUUUACAAAUAUGCAUGAAUGCAACCAAACGGAGUGUAUUAGCAGCGCAGAACUCCGCCAAAAUAAAUUAUACUUUUGCUGUUGCAAGGGUUCUAUGUGCAACACCGAACACAAGUGGAUACCCACCACCACUGAGGCAACAACCCAAGUGCCAAAGGAAAAGACAACCGAUAACACCAAUGUGAUUUACAUAGUUGUCUGUGCUGUUGUGUUCGUUUGUUUGGCGCUGUUGAUGGCACCAUUUGCCUUUUGCUACUACCGCAAGCGUAAACCCACUAAUUUCAAUGAAAUACCAACGAAUGAAACGGAAGCAACAAAUGCCUCACCACUGCUUAACAAUCGCCCAAUACAUUUGCUGGAGUUAAAGGCUAGCGGACGUUUUGGUGAUGUUUGGCAAGGAAAGUUGCAUAGUCAGGACGUGGCUGUUAAAAUAUUUCGCAUGCAAGAGAAGGAAUCUUGGAAUACGGAAGUCGAUAUUUAUAAGCUACCACGCAUGCGACAUCCAAAUAUCUUAGAGUUUCUUGGCUGCGAAAAGCACACGGAGAAAGUACAACUCGAAUAUUGGCUUAUCUCUGUUUACCACCCGAAUGGUUCGCUCUGCAAUUACCUGAAAUCGCACACGUUAUCUUGGCUGGAGCUGUGCAAAAUUGCCGAAUCGAUGUCCCAAGGUUUAAUGCACUUGCAUGAGGAAAUUCCGGCCAGUAAGACGGACGGCCUAAAACCAUCCAUAGCACACCGCGAUUUCAAAUCAACCAAUGUGUUGCUGAAAGGUGACUUAACAGCAUGCAUUGCUGACUUUGGGCUGGCUAUGGUCUUUCAGCCGGGGAAACCAUGCGGCGAAACGCAUGGUCAAGUAGGCACACGCCGUUACAUGGCGCCGGAGGUGCUUGAGGGUGCUAUUAAUUUCAAUCGUGAUGCCUUUUUGCGUAUCGAUGUGUAUGCGUGCGGUUUAGUUUUGUGGGAGAUGGUGUCGCGAUGCACUGCUGUGGGACCUGUUGGCGAUUACAUGUUGCCAUUUGAAGCUGAGCUUGGGUUACGUCCAACAUUGGAUGAGAUACAAGAUACUGUAGUGACAAAGAAACUGCGACCACGUUUACUAAAUACAUGGCGUACGCAUGCAGGUCUUAACAUCUUCUGUGACACCAUGGAGGAGUGCUGGGAUCACGAUGCUGAAGCACGUCUUUCUUCAUCGUGCGUAAUGGAGCGUUUCGCACAAUUGUGCAAAUAUACCACAACACCGCUGCUAAUAGAAAACAAUACAAAUUGCGAGGAAGAGCGUCUGACUUCAAAUUGCUUAUAGAAAAGGUAUUAAAUCACUUCGAUUAUGUUGAAGUGAUUGCCAGAGCAUGUGUUAAGUCUAUUUAGUUUAGAAUAAUAAGUUACAUCAUACGAGCUUGCGUAUGUGUUUUUCAUAUCUAUACAUACAGCCCGCGACAAAACGAAGCACCUCAAGAUUUUGAUCAGUUUUGACUAUUUUUUUUUUUUGUUUGAAUUUUUUUGUUUGUUGAAUUUUGUUUUGUUUUUAUUUCUUGGUUUACAAUUUUUAUUGCUAGAACACAAGUGAAUUCAAACAUUUAUUUAGGAAAUUACAUACAUAACAAUUACAAAAAAAAGUCACU